GCUAAUACUCUGUCAUGCCAAUCUACUACUGUUGACUCUUGCUGUUCCCCUACUAAUGGCUUGGUUGUCCUUGCUCUCCAAUGGAUUGUUGGAUACGGUCCUUCUGAUGAAUUCACCGUCCAUGGUUUAUGGCCUGAUACCUGUGAAGGUAAACAAUUAGGUUCAACUGGUUGUGAUGCUAGCAGAAUUUAUACCGACGCUGGUACUCGUGUAAAGGCUGCUAAUAGUGCACUUUACACUCGUAUGAAUACCUACUGGCCUAGUUAUAAAGAUGACAAUAAUCUUUUCUGGUCUCACGAAUGGAGUAAGCAUGGUACUUGUGUCACCACUCUUGACCCCGAUUGUUAUGGAACAUCUUAUACUGCAAACAAAGAUUUGGUUGAUUACUUCAGUAAAGCCCUUGAUCUCCGUGAUGAGUUCGAUCUCUACGCUGCUCUCAAGGCUAGCAGCAUCGUUCCUGGUAAAGCCUACCCCGUUGAAACCAUUAGAACUGCUAUUUCUAAAGCUUAUGGUGCUUCUGUCAAGCUUGACUGUACCAGCAAGAAGUUGACUGAGGUUGCUUUGAAUUUCUAUGUCCGUGGAAAAGAUAGCUAUGAAAUUACCGAUGUCCUCUCAGCUGGUUCUUGCUCUGGUAGCGUCACUUUCCCUGUUAAAUAUUGA